UCGCAUUUGGGAAUUGCAUACCGCUGCGGUCGGUACGGCCUCGUGAAAUCCGAUAAGAAAGCCGCGAAAAUUUGGAAGCGCGCCGUGGAGCUCGGGAACGUGGACGCGAUGAGGCACCUUGCGAGAUUGCAUGAGACUGGAAGUGGCGUCAAACUGGACAAGAAGAAGGCGGAGCAGCUGUAUCGCGCGGCCGCAGAUCGGGGCGACGCAGUCGCGCAAUGCAAUUUAGGGAUUUUCCUUGAUUCUGGGAAGAAGUUUGAAAAAGCGGUCCGGUACUUCGCGCUCGCCGCGGAUCAAGGCUAUACCGAUGCGGAGCUCAACCUUGGCUGCUGUUACAUGGACGGAGAAGGCACGGAAGUCGACCUCGGCAAAGCCAGAUACUGGUUCGAGCGCGCCGCUGCCAAGGGCCGCGAGGAAGCUAUAACGGCCCUCGCGCACCUCGACGCGCAACUUGGAAGAUUGUACAGGACCGGGAGUGGCGUCAAGCUGGACAAGAAGAAGGCGGAGCAGCUGUAUCGCACGGCCGCAGAUCGCGGCGACGCGGUCGCGCAAUCCAAUUUAGCGGUUUUCCUUCAUUCUGAGAACAAAUUUGAAGAAGCGUUCCGGUACCUCGCGCUCGCGGCGGAUCAAGGCUGGACCGCUGGAGAGCAUAACCUUGGCUGCUGUUACAGGUACGGAUCAGGCACGGAAGUCGACCUCGGCAAAGCCAGAUACUGGUUCGAGCGCGCCGCUGCCAAGGGCAGCGAGGAAGCUAUAAACGAGCUCGCGGAGCUCGCGGAGCUCGACGCGCGACUGGACAAGAAGAAGGCUAUGCAGCUGUUUCGCACGGCCGCAGAUCGGGGCGACGCGGUCGCGCAAUCCAAUUUAGGGAUUUUACUUCAUUCUGUGGAGAAAUUUGAAGAGGCGGUCCGGUGCUUUGUGCUCGCGGCGAAUCAAGGAUAUACCGAUGGAGAGCAUAACCUUGGCGCCUGUUUCUACGAUGGCAUAGGCACGGAAGUCGACCUCGGCAAGGCCAGAUUCUGGUUGGAGCGCGCCGCUGCCAAGGGCAACGAGCUCGCUAUAGAGAAUCUCGCGCGCCUCGACGCGCGAGAUAUUGCCUAA